AUGCAUCUCUGGACCCUUCUUGGCGGUCUCUCCGCGCUGGGCCUUCUAACCCAUGCAAGCGAGAUCGAGCCGAUGAAUUUCAACGUGACCAGUGCACUGGAGGACCUGGGCGUGGAUGUCUCGAGUAUCCCUGCAUUGAAGUCGUUCAAUGGUAUUCAAGCGCGAUCGGCGGAAAAGGCCUGCGCUGCGGCGUGCUCAGGCCUGAGCUUCCUCUACAAAUCGCAAGUCUCAGGGCAGAACUCCGCGGGAUACAGCAACUUCACCGACUCAUUCUGGUCGGUCCAGCAAGAAGAAGUUCAGCCUCACUGUGUCUUCCGACCUACUAAGAACACCGAGGUCAGCACUGCCGUUCUGCUUUCCCGACUUACUGGCUGCGAGUUUGCUGCUCGCAGUGGUGGCCAUGCUGCGUUCACGGGGGCUUCCAGCAGCCCUGGUGGUAUUAGUAUCUGGUUCAAGGAUAUGAACGAGGUUACUCUCAACGAGGACAAGUCUGUUGCUUCUAUCGGGCCUGGAAAUAAUUGGCUUUCUGUUUACUCGGCUCUUGAGCCCUACGGACUGGCUACUGUUGGUGGACGUGCUUCCAGCAUUGGUGUUGGUGGUUUCGUUCUGGGCGGUGGUAUCUCCUACCACUCCAACUUGUACGGUUGGGCGUGCGACAACGUCGAGAGCUUCGAGGUUGUUGCUGCGAGCGGUUUGAUUCUCACAGUCAGCGAAUCCUCCCAUUCGGAUCUAUACUGGGCCCUUCGGGGCGGUGGCAACAACUUCGGCCUCGUCACAAAAUACAACCUCUACACAAUCCCCGCCCCAAAAAUGUACGGCGGCGCCCGAACCUUCCUGCAGACCUCUUUCAAAAGCGUCAUCAAUGCCUUCAUCAACGUCGCCAACAAUGCCUCCGUCGACCCGCACGCCCAGCAAUACGUCGCCUUCCUCCAAGUCAACGGGACAAACCUCGCUUCUGCCGAACUAACCUACACAAAAGACGACUCAGAUCCGCAAAUAUUUAAGCAAUUCCGCAGUAUCCCCGCCGUCUCGGACACUGCUAGCUCGAAAACCCUGGUCGAAUACGUCAAAUACCUCGAGACCGAUAACCCGUUCCACCUCCGCGAAGUCUACUGGCCCAUUGCGGUGGAGCUGGACGAGGCCUUCGCGAACUGGGUCACGCAGACGUUUUACUCCAUGAUCUCGCAGGUUGAAGGUGUUGCUGGGAUUCAACCUGUUAUCAUCUACCAGGCUAUUACUGAUCUCAUCCUGGAGAAGAUGAGUCGGUUUGGUGGGAAUGCGCUCGGUCUCGAUAAGGCUGAUGGUCCGGUUCUUCUGAUGCAUAUUUCGACCUGGUGGAGUGAUGAGGCGGAUGAUGAAAAGGUUUAUGCGUUUGUCAAUAGUUUCUGGGAGAAGGUUAUUGCGCAGGCUAAGAGUGUGGGUGUUUACAAUGAGUACAUCUACAUGAACUAUGCUAGCAUGUUCCAGGAUCCGAUUGCUGGUUAUGGGGAGGCGAAUAAGGCGAAGCUGAAGAGCAUUGCGAAAAAGUAUGAUCCUCGUGGUGUCUAUCAGACUCUUCAGCCGGGGUAUUUCAAGCUUGAAGGUGCGCCUGUUACUGGGUCGUUCUAG